CGAGGAGAAGCAAAGCAGUCGUCAAGUUCUUUUUAUUUCUGAUUGGUAUAAAUAUCGUAUCGUAAGAAGCUAGAGACUGCUACUGCUAGCUAGCAACCUCUCGCUCACGUCUGAAAGUGAAACUGAGACAAAAGCAAUAGAUUACGCUACCUGAGAAUGACUCUCACUUUCGCUUUAUCUCUUUGAAGCUCCUUUGUUACAGCAAAGUUCUAAUUGCCUUUAUACUAGUGAACAAGAAUUAAUGGAACUUGAUUUGGAAUAUCCUCUAAUGGCUUCAUCGGAAGAAGAAGCCGUUCCAGCUCUCUUCGCCCAAGAAAUAGACCACAUGCCCUCGCAGUCCAUCUUCCUCCCCUUCAACAGCUCCGACGACCACCAUGUCUUCUCCGUCCGCCGCGAAGCGUUCUCUCUCAUCUCCCACGCGAAGCAUUGUCACAAGCUUAAUCCCUUCACAACUUACCUAGCUGUUAAUUACAUGGAUCGCUUCAUCAGCAAAACAAACAUCCGGAUGCCACUGCAGGAAAAAAAGAGGUGGAUUGUUGGAAUUUUAGCAAUAAGUAGCCUUUCACUUGCGGCAAAGAUGAGGAACAAUGAUUUAUCAAUUUCGCUCUCCCAUGUACAGAGGGAAGAAGGCUUUGCAUUUCAUCCAGGAUGGGUUCAUCGAAUGGAAGCGCUUAUCCUUACCACUCUCGGCUGGCGAAUGAGAUCCAUUACCCCUUUUUCGUUUCUCAAUUUUUUCAUUUCUCUCUUCAAAAUCCAAGAUUCUUCAUUGACUCAACCUCUCAAGUUUCGAGCCUCCGAUAUCAUCUUUGACACCCAUUACGAAAUGAAGCUUUUGGAGUACAAACCGUCAUUAAUUUCUGCCUCGGCUCUUCUCUGUGCUACUCUCGACUUAGUUCCAAUGGAGCUUCCUUCAUUGCGGGAUGCAAUUUUGUCCUGUGGACACGUUGAAAAAGAAAAGUUGCUGAAGUGCUUGAAAGCAAUGCAAGAAAUGGUAAUGGAUAACUCUCUUAAAGCGUCCGGUGCAGUAUCAAUCUGUACCUCGACGCAAAAUAGCAUCCUUCACCAAUUUACAAGUUCUGAGACCGAGGAUGCGACUGCUAAAGACAAGAUCAAGCGGCGGAGAUUGAAUGGUUUUUGCGAUGACCAGGCAGUCCAGAUUUCACAAUUUCAGCCUUGCUAAGUAAGGUUGGAUGAUCCAUAAUCAGUAAUCACAAUCAAAUGAGGUUUAUAGUCAGUAAUGUUUGGUUUUUUUAUGCAUGAAGGCAAGAGACAUUCAAUGUGGGAAAUAGAGUACAUUGAAGUUGAAAUAAGAGCAAUAAUUAAUUCAAUUUCGACCGGUACUCCGUGUUUUCCGGUUUUAAGGUUUUUUUUUUUGUCACAACUUGUUUCUGCCAACAAGAAUGGACAAAAGAUAAUAGUUCCUAUAUAAAUUGCUAUUUUGCUUCUCGACUA